AUGUAUUGGACAUUUUUACUGCUACCUCUAGCAUUAGCAUCAAUUUCCAUAAACAUCCAAAAGCGGCCUCAAACCAAGCUUGAGUUUAAAGAAUCCAUGAAUAAAUUUCUUCUUUCUAGGCCAAGCUUUACUGAAGCUUCUUCAGCCUCCUCUAUAAUAACAAACUACCUAAAUUCCCAGUACUAUGGGGUAGUCUAUAUAGGGACCCCGCCUCAAAUGUUCGCCCUUAUGUUUGAUACAGGCAGUCCUUGGCUUUAUAUAGUCGAAAGAGGCUGCUAUGAAUGCCACUACGCCUUAUGGUAUUUCGACAAGUCUGCAUCUACUACUUAUGAAACUAACAAUGUCCCAUAUGAACUUAUCUAUGGAAUGGGCUAUGCAAGUGGAAUUAUCAGCUAUGAUUCUGUCUCUAUAGGGGAUAUUGAUACAAUAGAGGCGAAAAAUCAGACUUUUUUACUAUUAUUUUUUAAAUGAGAUUAGUUAUAAGCAUUUUGAAAUAAAAUGGUGUGAUACUAAUGGAAAUUGGCCCCUUAGGCGCAUAUGCCGCUUUUCGAGUAGUGCUUCGGACUCUGGGGAGGACUUUUCGAAUAGGAAGUUUUUGUUCUACCCAAAGGUUUCCCUGUCUCUGCCAGAUGGGUUAUGCAGGCUUUGCCUAUCACAUUGGUCUCUUCUCAUUUGAGCCAUUGAGCACCUCACAGACAGUAGCUCUGCCCUAGUGAGCUAAUCCCUUGCACAGGUUUUUCAGAUCAGAAAUCCAAAAGGUUGCCCUUUUGAUCAAGGUGGCGACUGUUAGUGGGUUAAACACUCAUGGCUAUCACAAACUUUAUCUUUAACUUAUCAGCAUUUUAUAUGAUUUUUAUAAGGAAAUUUAAGGAAAAUCAUAUAGUUAAUUAUGAAAGAGAUUUUGGAGGCCUUGUAGCUGACGGAAUAUUAGGCCUAAGUUUAGGUGGUGACGGCUAUGACACUUUUAUAACAACUUUAAAAAAUCAAGGAAAAAUCCAAAAUGCGUCAUUUUCUGUAUACCUUAAUGACAACCAAUUUAGCUAUGAAGAAGCUUCACCUGUAUCUAACCUAAUAAUUGACGGAUAUGACCUCAAAAAAUACUCAACAGAAGAACAGUUUACUUAUAUCAACUUAAUAGGGGACAGAGGCCACUGGGAAAUCUCCUGCGACUCUAUUUGACUUGAUAAGUACCAAAUCAUGACCAAAAGCAGGUCAGCCAUUGUAGACACUGGGACAACUUUAAUUAUUGGCCCUUAUGUAGAGGUCAGUAAAAUAGAGAGUUAUUUUUCAAGAUUUUACGGCUGCUUUUUGGAUUAUGAUGGCUUUUUCUGGUGUGACUGUGAAUCUGUCAGAGGAUACCCUGACAUUCGGCUCGUUUUGGACGGAAAAAAUUUCACGAUCAGCAAAGAUCAAUAUUUGGCAGAUUUAGAUGGGUCUGGGUAUUGCAAUUUGCUUGUGGUAGGGAUGCCUAUCGACUUAUGGAUACUUGGAGAUGUGUUUAUUAGGAAAUAUUAUGUCAAUUUUGAUAUGGAUAAUAAACAAAUCGGCCUUGCUGAAGCAGUAAAGUCUUCAAUUUCAAGUGAAGAGUAUGAAACAAUUGAAGAGCCAGUCGAAGAAUCAAACUUUUUAGCUAUUGAAAUGAUUAAAUUAAGAUUAAGAUUCGCAGUUCGCUCAGGGUCGGGGAUUUCCAUCCCUACACGUUCAUCCCUCCCGAGGAGGCUUGACGGACACCCUCCCUGCUGCUGCAAACAGGGGAUUCGCGCACCAGUCUUGACUUCCAUGGCUCCUGGAGUCUAAGGGCCAACCACUUGGGUCGAAACUCCCAGUUUCUCGUUAGGCAAAUACCGUCUUCCAGGGUUUGAGGGUCAUAUUGCCCGUCAGACAUUGGCCGACCUUGCCCUUUCCAAUGGUUACUCUGAGGAAAAACUCUCAGUCCAAAGGAUUAGCUCCCUGAGGCCCGAGGACUUAGUCUUAGUCUUAGUUAAAUUUAUAGAGUAGCUCCCGGCCAGGACCGAAGGUCCUUUUUUCCGCCUUUUGGACGCCUCGCUUGCUUUCCUUGCCCUGCUCCCAGUGUGUACCUAAGUGCCACAGGCUACCACUCAGCUCCUUCCGGUCAUGGGGCUUGGUCAUGUUAUCCCCGGAAGUAGGCGGACUGGGCCACCCGUGCUUCAUGUCGCCAGACUAGGGUUAGAGCUAAGGAUUAAACUCCUUAGCUCUUGUCGGCUCCUGCCAUGCCCUCCAAAUUGGCACUAGAGGUCCCUAGAGGAAAAACCCUUUUUGCCCCAUGUCCUAUCGGGACGACCCUAGGAUCGUCGUUGCUGGACUGGGAUGGGCGGAUUGGCUUCAGGCCGCAGCAAGGUCCCCAAUCUCGCCUCAGUUCCGGGAGAGGACGGGUCGGUGUCGUCGCCAUUUUAUUUGUGUGUCCCUGAGGCCCGAGGAAAACCCAGCCAUACACACAUAAAGGAUUACCGACCCCUUUCCGCCUAAAUCUCCAUCACUGGGCCGUUGCCUACUGGUGUUGAAGAAAUAGGGUCGAAAGGUCGGGUGGCAUGUCAACACCAUUUUUAUGUAUAUCUAUUAAAAUGAUAAUUAUUGGGAUUAUUGCUAUAAUCUGCUGGAAAAUCUAUACAAGUUAUAGGAAGAAAACUGUCUUGCAUGACAGCCAGGAGUUAAAUACUAAUCUUUUAGCAUAA